AGUCGCUGCGUGAAGCUGUUCAGCUUCCUGACUGAGGAAGCACACAAACACAAACAGCGGCUUUUUUACCCCGAGUCUUGGGGUGAUACAGAUCAGAAGGGUAGAUUGGCAAGCUUGGGUGAGCUUGGAUGAAUUUUUUGAGUUAGGAGGUGCGCAGCACAAUCACACGGGCAGGAUGCAGGCUGGCAUCACGGCAUCCCCGGAGGGCCUGGCGAACGGUGGAGAUCGUGGCGGAGAUCGCAGCCUCGACCCCAGUCAGCUGUCUCCCAGGGAUGCGGGUACCAUCGAGGUGUCUGACCUCAGUAGCCCCAAGCCCCUGACCUUCGACCUCCUGAACAUGGUCGUCUCCUUCAAGCGCAUGGUGAUCUUCCUGGAGCCAGUGAACGACGUCAUGGAGCUGGUGAAGUUCCUUUUGGGGUGGAGGAUGCCGCUCUGCUCUCUCUUUUGCUGCGUCGUCCUCAACGUCCUCUUCCUGACGCUCAGCGAAGUGGCCUGGUUCUCCCUCUGCCUGCUGGGCAUCUCCACCCCCGCGGCUCUGGGCUACUUCCAGGAGUGCAGGCGGGGCUCGGCCAGCGAGGCGGCCCUGCGGCGGAAGCAGCACCACGCCGUGCAGCGGCGCGACCUGCAGACCGUGCGGCUGAACCGGCAGGAGGCGCUGCUGGAAGUCAAGGGGCUGCUGAAGCAGCUGGAUGACAUCCUGACGCAGACGUGCCUGUCUGCCGAGUCCGUGUACAAGGUGCUGUACUGGGAGAGCCACAUCGCAUCGUCCAUGUUUUACGGCAGCCUGCUGGUCCUCCUCUUCCUGCUCUACACUGCCCCAACGGGCUGGACGCUGGUCGUCGUCAACAGCGCCCUCUUCCUGUGGAACAGGGACUUUCGGCGAGUCAUCCUGGAAAAGAGAGACCUGCUGCAACGAGGCUGCCUGAAGCCUGCCGACGAGGCUGAGAGCCCUGAGCUGGAGCAGCUGGGUUUGGGGGACCACACCCCGACACCCAACAGCAUGGAGGACUUCUCCCCAGGAAGCGUCGAGGAGGCUGAGGAGGCAGAGCCUGAUGAUGACUUCAAAGAUGCCAUAGAGGAGUCACCGGCCUCCCUUCCGGAGGCCCCAUUGGUGGAGGAUGACGACGUGCCUGCGGGGGCUCCGGAAUACGACUCCACGUCGGACAACGGCCUCCUCAGCCGGAAUGAGCCCAUCCGCAGCAAGGUGUCCAAGCUGACAGAAAGGCUGCGCAAGCUCAACAGCGGCGCCAACAAUGCUGCACCCCCUCCCCCAAGCCUCUCCAGAGUGAACACACCCCCUUGUGGCAGGAACAGGAGAGGCUGUCUCCAGGGCACUGCCAAGGAAGCGUCUUCCAGUUAGGCUGACGGGCAGGAAGCACCCUCACUCCUCAAGAGCUUCACUGACAGGAAUGUACUAGGGAUACAUUUGGUCAAUGUGCCUGAUAAUUUGCUCAGAACACACUGAGACCAUGUUUGGAACAUGCUCAGAACAGGCUUAGCAUGCAGUGAGAACGCGCUUGGAACAUGCUCAGAAUGCAGUGAGAACAUGCUUGGAACACGCUCAGAAUGCACUGAGAACACGCUUGGAACAUGCUCGGAAUGCACUGAGAACACGCUUGGAACAUGCUCGGAAUGCACUGAGAACACGCUUGGAACAUGCUCAGAAUGCACUGAGAACACGCUUGGAACAUGCUCAGAAUGCACUGAGAACACGCUUGGAACAUGCUCAGAAUGCACUGAGAACACGUUUGGAACAUGCUCAGAAUGCAGUGAGAACACGCUUGGAACACGCUCAGAAUGCACUGAGAACACGCUUGGAACAUGCUCGGAAUGCACUGAGAACACGCUUGGAACAUGCUCGGAAUGCACUGAGAACACGCUUGGAACAUGCUCGGAAUGCACUGAGAACACGCUUGGAACAUGCUCAGAAUGCACUGAGAACACGCUUGGAACAUGCUCAGAAUGCAGUGAGAACACUCGCUCAGAACACGCUUGAAAACAUGCAUUUCUGCUCUGCGGUUUGUUGACCGGUUGUGACAGCACAACACCUGGAGUCCAGCGAUUUUUGUUCCACUGCUGAGUGGUCUGUACUCCCCUUUACACAUUUAGUGACAAACCGUGGUCUUUUGCAAAGCUGUGAUUUCCAAAUAGCGCCUUUUUCCUGCACAUUCCAUGGACGUUGCUAUUAAAGCCUUUCCUGGAGAGCUCGCUUCCCGGUGUCUGCCACGCACUUUACCGUAAACAUGGGCAAGGACUUGGACGUCAUUUUCGAUAAAAGCUUUCCGCUCAGCGCUUUGCUUGGAUCGCGGCCCCGGCGAAUCAUCUGCCUGUUUGAGGACUUGGGGCCCUUUGAGACGGCGAUGAUGAUGUGCACUCAUUACACCUCCGUCCGAUCCAGCAAAUUCCCUCGCCAGAGUUAUUAAAGCAUCAGAGUAUGAAGAAACACUUCAGCAUUAAGCAGAGAUUCGAGAGAGCAUGCCCUCUUUGCGGUGAAUAACGAAAUAGUCCAGCCUGUUAAACUGCCCUCACAUCCCAAAUCCUGCUCAUUUCCGAGUGUCUGGUUAGAGGGAAUCUCUCCCCAGCCUCAUUUACUCUAUUGCUCAUUUAUGUUCCCUAAAUGAGGCGUCCAGCUGUUGGGUUCGAACCCUUCUCCAGGCUUCUUGCCAGAAUCACAUUUUUUUCCCCCAGUCAAGCACCUUUUCCCCACUAGGUGUCAUGUCGAAGCCAGUAAAUUUGUAGCUGAUUAAGCUGUAAUUCACACUGUCCCCUGAGCCUUGAACAAACCAACGUUUAUCUACACGACCACCGGGGUGGGGGGGAGGGGGGGGGUCCGGGUUUACUCUGGAACCAUCAUGAUUGUCAUUCAUUUUGCAGACAUUGUUUCAAAUAUUCAAAUAUUUAACUUUUUUUUUUUUCCCGUUGCUGUGUACCGGUUGUAUCCAUUUGUAAACGACACGUCGUAUCCUUAUGGACGGACCCUGUGUCCCUGUCUUAUCUGUCCACAUUAAGCUUUGCCCUUUCCGAGGUAUCAGCCAGCUUUCAGCCCCCUGAAGGUCUCAUUGUGACACUGUGUGUUUAGGUGGAGAAACUCCUCAGAACACAGAGUGCUGUUUAAUGUGGUUUUUAUGGAAUUCUCCAACUUUCCAGCAGUGCCCACACACACACACACACACACACACACACACAAUCCAAGGUACACACACCCGGAGUUAAUAAGUGUGUGUGACUCUCUCAGUGUGAUAAAGUCCUCCCUGAGCUGCCCGCUCCAUUAUCUCACCUUUUCCUCACUGGUUGGAACCCGAAAAAAAAUGUCAAAUCACACGUCCCCUCCCAGUGGGGUUCUGCGGCAGCCCCCCAGUGAGGCUGAGGGGAGCUGUCAACAGGGCGACACGAGGAUGAUUCAUUGUUACAGAAAAAGGUGGAAAGACCAAAAAAAACAGACAUGCUGGAGAGCAGUUUGGGCACCCGCCGGGCUGGGAGGGGGAGGGUACGUGUUUUAUGGCUGCGUGCCGUCAGUGUGCAGCGAUGCAGCGUCCACAUUUUAACACAUGACCUUUUAGCUGCAGAGGUGGGUUGGCGUCAUCGGCCCUCUCUGUAUGGCGUAUCUGGGUGAGUGUUGGUCCAGUGUGAGGUGUGGACAAGCAUUAGGCCUCAUCGGCCCUCGUUCUGAAAGUCAGUGUCUAUUGUCCUCAUCGUAACAGGCGAAGGGACUCAAUCACGGCGGGAGACAUUCUCGUUGUCGCAUUUGUCCUCUCGCUAGAGUUCAGGGCGCAGGCCGGGCCCUCCGAAGGUAGCUUGGGAGUUGGCCAUCAGCCCUGGGGUUUGGGGGGGUGUGGUUGUGGUCGGAGUGCCGUUGGCCCGCUGUGGAGGCCCCUCCUAAAGCCACUUUCUCCCGAAUCCUCCACCCAGUUUGCGCUGUGAGUCACCGACCUGGAUCCCGCGGAACGCCGUGCUGGAUUUCAGAGACCUGUGGCUUGCUUUGGCAGGGGGAGGGGGGUGGCCUUGGAAAACCAUUGGAAUGGGCCCCCCCCCAGACGCCCACCCUGCAAGGGUGAUGGCAAAUCAAGGCCUAGAAUAUGCAUCGCAUUCAUUUGCUCAGAGCAGUCCUGCUGUGUCCUUGAGGAGACCGGCCCGCGUUUGACCCCUCUGUUGCUCAACGAUUUCCUGACAGGAGUUUGGUGAUGUUCACCACACUAACCGGACGCGCCUCGUGAGGCUGGGAUGUGACCGCCGUCGUCCCUCUGCCGUCCGAUGCAGUGUUUCCCAACCUGGUCCUCGGGGGGUCUACAGACGGUCCAUGUUUUUGCUCCGUCCCAGCUCUCUACUGGACAGCUCACGUUUUUGCUUCCAGUCACAAUGAUGGCCAUCUUUCUCUU